AUGAAAACAAAAAGGCAAAAGAAAAUUUUGAGGCUGGAUUGGCUGUAGCCGGGAGGGAAAGCCAGAACCAGAGGAUCUAGGGUUUCUUUCGAUCUCUCUGUCCUGUUUAUGUUACAUGCAAAUUUGGAUCAGCCUUCUGCAAUUCCACCUUGCAUAGCUCGUCGAUACGUUUCGAUUAAGUAAUGAGGGAAGAUACUUCUUCUUUAAAACUUUGAAUUCCGUUCCUGAUUCGAUUCGAAGAGAUAGCAGUAGGGUUUCCAUUCUCAUCGGAAUCGAAUUCCGUCCCUUAACCGAACCGGUGGAAGUUUUGAAGCAAGGAAGGAAGUUUACUUCCUGUAAAUAUGCGAGGAGGAUUGCAUAAAGGGAGAAGAGUUUCAUGGGCUUCAGAUGUUAAUCUCCGUCAGAUUAGGCUGUUUUUGUCAGAGGAUUGUCCUUCCCAAGUGGGGUUGGGUGCUCAAGAUCACCUUCAAGCAAAGACGUCGUGGCUCUUGCAUUCUAGUGGUUCUGGUUCGGAUGACAUUUUGCCUCCCGGAUUUGAAGUAGCUCAUCCAGAGAAUCAGCUGCAGAUUAAGCUCUCACAAAUUCCUGUAAAUCAAUGGCAAUGUCCACCUAAGUUUGUGCUGAAUUUGACAUGGCGAGUGGUUGUUGGUGAAGAAAGCCAAGAGGUAGAGGUUGAAAAUCAGAGAGAGAUGAGAGUACUCGAAGCGGUUUAUCCUCGGGCGUCUGCGAUUCCUCCAAACCCUGCCAUAGCAGCUGAUUCAGAACGUACUGAUGUCGAUGACAGUCGGACACCUCUGAUUCCCAUUACUCCUAUUGAAGAUGAAGAUGCAACAACCGAGACCUCGACUGAUUUCGCAAGUCCAGCCGCUGUCCUUAUGAGUGCUCAGCCCUCUCUAUUCGUUCCUGCUGGUACAUCUACGUCUCUGCAUAUUUUGCCGAAUUCAAUGUGUUCUACUUCCAGUGGGAGCACCAUGGCUGGUAUGGAUCUUGUCAACGAACCUGAUGUUGUAGCUGCUGCAUCAGCAGCACUCAGUGUGCUCGUGAAGAGCAAUGAGAUAGGCAGCUCGAUCGACCGUGAACUGCUCGUUAAGAUCCUCAACAAUCCGAAAAUGAUUGAACAGCUGGUCGUGGAUUCAGGUGCAGUCACCAACAGUCAAAAGCCAAUACCAUCUCCCAACCUAUCGCUCGGACAAAUGCAUAAGAUAGAAAGUAAUGCCUCGGCAACGCCUGUAUCGGGUAAUCAUUUUUUGGCUCAACCAAAUGGAGCAAGUGUAGGGCCUCUCCCCAAUCCACACUCUUCCUCAAGGGGUGUUCCAGUUUCUUCCCUGCCCUCUACUGGACCUCCAAUGAAGGACUUGAGUUACUAUAAAAGCUUGAUUCAGCAACAUGGAGGAGAGCGACAAGACGACCCCCCUCGGCCGCAAUUUGGGAACCGACACAACCAGCCAUCAGGAGCAAACCAGGAGUUCUUACAUAACCAGCCAUCAAGAGAUGGGAAGUCCAAGAUAAUGAAGCCUUGCAUAUAUUUUAACAGCUCGAGGGGAUGUCGACAUGGAGCUAAUUGCUCGUAUCAGCACGACCCGGUGUUCCAGCAGAGAAGUAGUAGUAGUGUGCCAGAAAUGCCGAGCGCCAAGAGAACGAAAGUCGAUAGAGAAAUCAGCAGUUAAAAGUAGAGUAAUUGUCACCGAUCGAUCAAUGUUUAUUUUCGAGUCGGGAAUCUCUUUGGCCUGAAAUUUCAUCUCUUCUCAUAUUUAAUCGCUGCAAUAGAUAAUUAUGACCUCUGCUGCCACGCUUAAUUUAGUUAUUUUUAUUAUGAAACCAAAUGUUCUUUUGAUGAUGA